GCAGCGGCACAGCCGGGCAGGGCCGGGCCGGUACCGGGUCGAGAGCCAGGGCCAGGGCCGGGGCCGGGGCGAGGAAGGGGCCUGGCGCGGCGCCGGGCAGCGCGGCUGCAUGAGGUUAAUGCUGCUGUGCUGCACCUGGAGGGACGAGCCUAUGGGAGAGGAGGAAGGGACCGACCUGCCAGUGUGUGCGAGCUGCGGGCAGGGCAUCUUCGACGGGCAGUACCUGCAGGCGCUGAGCGCAGACUGGCACGCCGACUGUUUCAGGUGCUGUGAGUGUGGGGCCUCCCUGUCCCAUCAGUAUUACGAGAAGGAUGGGCGCCUGUACUGCAAGAAGGAUUACUGGGUGCGCUUUGGGGAGCUCUGCCAUGGCUGCUCUGAGCACAUCACCAAGGGCCUAGUCAUGGUGGCCGGGGAGCAGAAGUACCACCCGGAGUGCUUCAGCUGCCUCAACUGCCGCACAUUUAUUGGGGAUGGGGACACCUAUGCGCUGGUGGAGCGCUCCAAGCUCUACUGUGGGCACUGCUAUUACCAGAUGGUGGUGACACCGGUCAUUGAGCAGAUCCUGCCAGAUUCACCAGCUGCCCACAUCCCGCACACCGUCACACUCGUCUCCAUCCCUGCCUGCUCCGACGGCAAACGUGGCUUCUCUGUCUCCAUCGACCAGGGCUGUGGCACUGAGCACCCCUGCACCGUCCGCGUCCGAGAAGUGGAUCCAGACUGCAUCAGCCCUGACAUGAAGAACUCCAUCCACGUGGGUGACCGCAUCCUGGAGAUCAACGGCACCCCCAUUGGCCACGUCCCCCUGGAUGAGAUUGACCUGCUGAUCCAGGAGACCAGCCGCCUGCUCCAGCUGACCAUUGAGCACGACCCCCACGAGCCGGCCCCUGCCUGCAGCCCCCUGCCUGCCCCAUGCAGCCCCCUGCACUCCCCUCCUGCCCCGCCCUGCGGGAACCCCGGUGCCAUGCGCCAGCGGACCUUCAUGAGGAGCUGCAGCACGGACAAGUCUCCAGGCUCUGGCUCAGUGGGCUCACCUGCAUCCCAGCGUAAGGACAUCGGGCGCUCUGAGUCACUGCGCGUCGUUUCCCGCACCCACCGCAUCUUCCGCCCCUCCGAUCUGAUCCAUGGCGAGGUGCUGGGCAAGGGCUGCUUUGGCCAGGCCAUCAAGGUGACUCAUCGGGAGACAGGCGAGGUGAUGGUCAUGAAGGAACUGAUUCGUUUUGAUGAAGAGACGCAGAGGACCUUCCUUAAAGAGGUGAAAGUGAUGCGCUGCCUGGAGCACCCCAACGUGCUGAAGUUCAUUGGGGUGCUGUACAAGGAGAAGAGGCUCAACUUCAUCACAGAGUACAUCAAGGGGGGCACCUUGAGGGGCCUCAUCAAGACCAUGGACAGCCACUACCCCUGGAACCAGCGGGUCAGCUUCGCCAAGGACAUCGCUGCUGGCAUGGCCUACCUCCAUUCCAUGAACAUCAUCCACCGUGACCUCAACUCUCACAACUGCCUCGUGCGGGAGAACAAGAGUGUGGUGGUGGCUGAUUUUGGGCUGGCACGGCUGAUGGUGGAUGAGAAGAGCCAGCCUGAACAUCUCAAGAACCUGAAGAAACCAGACCGCAAGAAACGAUACACGGUUGUGGGGAACCCAUACUGGAUGGCCCCUGAGAUGAUCAAUGGGAGGAGCUAUGAUGAGAAGGUAGACAUCUUCUCCUUUGGCAUUGUCCUGUGUGAGAUCAUUGGCCGGGUGAGCGCUGACCCUGACUACCUGCCCCGCACCACCGACUUUGGCCUCAAUGUCAAGGGCUUCCUGGACCGCUACUGCCCCCCCUCCUGCCCCCCCAGCUUCUUCCCCAUCGCCGUCUGCUGCUGUGACCUGGACCCUGAGAAGCGGCCAUCCUUCAGCAAGCUGGAGCAGUGGCUGGAGGCCCUUCACAUGCACCUGGAGAUCCACCUGCCCCUGAGCUCCCAGCUGGAGCAGCUGGACCGGGCCUUCAAGGAGGUGCACAGGCAGGGCGAGGGAGUGCUGCCUGCACCCCCCCGAUAGAGUCUCCCCACCCACACCACCUCUGAAGCUGCAGGAGAAGGACCUGCGCCUGCUGCCAGGAUCUUCUCUGGCUGCCACCACCCCCGGGGCUGGAUCCCUGGGGCUCCGCGGAUGAGUCCCCGUGCCCCGUCCCCCUCUGCACGGGCUGCCCAUGCCCCCCACUCCCAAUCGUGCCCACAUCCUCAUGGGAGCUGGUUCUCCCCAGGGCUGCACAGCCGCUGUGCAUCCCCAAGACACCGUGGCUGUUAACCCCAGGACAAGCCUGCCUGGCCACACCGUGGGGACCAUCCCCAUGUCCUCAUCCCCUCCUGCUGGUUUGCUUUGCCUUUGCACGCUCGGGUUGCCUGGCUGCUGCAACCCCCCCAGCCCCGGGGACUUCCCCGGACAGAGCCGCAGCCUCGUGGUGGUGCCUUGGCUCCAUGAACUUGCACUGCAACACAGGAGGGAUCCCCAUGUUCCUCUGGUGGGGGAGGACAAGGCUCCUGGCCCCUGGGGGAGCGUGGGUUCCCAGACAGCCCCUGUAGCAAUGUCCUCACCCUCAGCCAGUCCCUCAUGCUGCUCUUGCUGGCACCCUGGGCUUGGGAGGCUGCCAGCAUGCCCACUAAGUGAAGGGUUCCUCUCCAGGGGGCAGACAUCCCUGUGGUGUGGGGACAGACACACAGAGGUCCUUGUUGCCCUCCAUGUCCCUGCUGACUGUGCUAAUCCGUGACUGCGCAUCCCUGGGGAUGGUGCCAAGUGACCUGGAGGGAUGCAGGGAUGCAGCUCAUCUCCGUCCCAUCACCCUGGGGGUGGUUGCAGGGGUGUUGUGCCACACGGUGCUUUUCAUGCUCUUUAUUCAGGUUCAUUUUUCUGUAAGAUAUUUAAAGAGAAGAGUUUGUAUUAUUUUUUCA